AUAAAUGUCAGUCAUGUGGAGUCUAAACAGUACUGUAUGUGCAGUUUCAACUCUAGUUGUUGAUAUGCAGAAUAGAGUGGACCUGAAACAUAAGGCAGAGUACAAAUUACCCAAGACAACAUUCCACGGCACAUCAUUUCUUUAAAGCCACGCCUGCUCUCUUUGUCACAACCUCGUUUCUGUGAAAAGGGAAAUCUGCAAACUCUCUCUCUCUCUGUGUUUUUAGGAAAAUGGCUGAACUCCAAGCUGCUUCUCCUGCUCACUGUUACGCUGGACCUGGAGAUGUGGAGUGUGAUUUCUGUAUUGGAAGAAAACGCAAAGCCACUAAUUCCUGUCUGGUGUGUCUGGCCUCCUAUUGUGAAGUUCAUCUUAAACCUCACUAUCAGUCUCCUGCCUUUAAGAAGCACAAGUUAGUUGAAGCCUGUGCAGAGCUCCAAGAGAAGAUCUGUUCUGAACACCACAAACUGAUUGAUAUCUACUGCCAUACUGACCAAAGCUUCAUCUGUUAUUUAUGUAUGAUAGAUGAACACAAAGACCACAAUACGGUUUCAACUAAAGCAGAAAGAACUCAGAAACAGAUUGAGCUAAAGGAGGAGCAGAAGAAAUUCCAGGUGAAGAUGCAGAAUAAGAGCCAAAAGGUGCAGCAGGUGAAACAGACUAUGGACUCUAUUAAGAAGCGUUCACAGGCAGCAGUAGAUGACAGUGAGAGGAUCUUUACUGAGAUGAUCAGCUCCAUGGAGAAAAAGUGCUCAAAGGUGACAGAGCUGAUCAGAGCUCGGGAGAAAGCUGAACUGAGUCGAGCUGAACGAGUCCUGAAGCAACUAGAGCAGGAGAUUGCUGAUCUUCAGAGGAGAGUCACUGAGCUGGAGCAGCUUUCUCACACGCACGAUCACAUCCACUUCCUCCAGAGUUUCCCGUCUCUCUGUGUUUCUCCUGGAUGUGACGACUCACCCAGCUUCACUGUCAAUCAGCAUCUCUCAUUUAAUGGAGUGAGGAAAUCUCUCUCAGAUCUGAAAAAACGAGUCGAGGAAAUCUGUGAGGAGGAAUUCAACAUAACCCAUCCACAAGCUGCGGCAGUUCAGAUGGUUUUACCCUCAGAACCAAAGAGCAGAGAAGAUUUUCUGCAGUAUUUCUGUGAUCUGACUCUGGAUCCAAACACAGCACAUCAUCAUCUCAUUCUGUCUGAGAAGAACAGAGCAGUGACACGCAAUAGGACAGACCAGCGAUACUCUGAUCAUCCAGAGAGAUUCGACUUUUAUGCUCAGGUGUUGUGUAAGGAGAGCGUGUCUGGACGCUGUUACUGGGAGGUGGAGUGGAAUGGUAUGGGUGUGGACAUAUUGGUCUCAUAUAAAGGGAUCAGCAGGAAAGGAGAGGGUAAUGAGAGUGGGUUUGGAUUGAACAAGCAGUCCUGGAGUCUGCAAUGUUAUCCUUCCUCUGUCUGUUUCUGGAGGAAAAACAUUAAGACUGAGCUCCAAGCUCCAGCAUCUUCCAGAAUAGGAGUGUAUGUAGAUCACAUUGCAGGAAAGCUGUCCUUCUACAACGUCUCUGACACGAUGAAACUCAUACACAGCAUCAAAACCAAAUUCACUCAGCUGCUAUACCCCGGGUUCAGGAUAUGUUACUAUCACUCAACUAUGAGGUUAUGUGAUCCAGAUUCCAAACCCAAGUUAGAAAAAAGUUGAGGAGGCAUGAAAAAUGUAAAUUUAAAAAAAGAAAAAAAAGCAUUGACUUCAAAAUUAACAGUCACUUUCAUCACGUUGUUGACAAAUAAUAGCAAAAUUACAAAGUAGUAAAUGGUUUACUGUCUCAACAUUUUUUUUUUAAAUGUGUCAAAUUUUGGAACGGAAUCAAAAUUGAACUGUUUAUUUUGAAAAUAAAAAUCAUGAGGUAAAACAAA